AUAGCUGGUGACAUGAUUUCCUGUGCAGGAUUGCCUAGUCUAAUUUCUGCUUUGUUUCUGCCGACUUUUUUCUUCUUUCAAUCUGUCUGCUUGCUUGCCUUGGUUCUCCAACACCGCCCUAAGCCCUCCCCCGCCACCAGCAUGCUUUCCUAGAACAGCAAGCACAUGUCAUUGUUCUGUCAGACUAUCCAUACCUGCCUUGGUACCUAACCAACCCCUUACCAAACCAUGGUGAACAACACCCUUGUGCCACCCCAGGGCACUCUUUCCAAUGGGAGAGCCAAUGGCUAUGCUGACAACGCCAACCAUCUCGAAUAUGACUCCAACCCUGUCGAAAAUGCAGCCAUCUCAGCUGAGUCAAUCCCUACGCAUCCCCUGGGUGUGAAACCACUGGGCAACCAGUAUCUCUCGGGCCGUCCGAACGCUCGAAAGCAUAUUGGGGUUUUCAAGAUUUUGCCCGACGAGGCCCUGAUGAUUCUCUUGGAUUACCUCGACCAGGACCGUCUGAGAAAAUUGGGCUCGACCUGCAAGUUUCUUCAUGCAUCUUGCCGGUCCGACGAUUUGUGGAAGUCGCUGUUUCUACAGUCCCGCAGUUCUGGCAGAUUCGAUGGCAAGUGGCGGGGAACAUGGAGGGCCACCCAACUCGGGCUGUCUUCUGAGCAGGAGUCCAAGAUCGACUGCAGCAACGUCUUUUCCGACGUACUGCACAGGCCGUUCGUAUGCAGUCACGUGGACUUGAAGCAGUUUACCUCGAGAAUACCAAGGACCAACCUCAUCCAGCGCAUGGAAACUCUCACCUACAACGAGUUCUCCGACAAAUGGACUGAGACGCCAUUCGUCUUGACCAACUACAUUCAGGCUUGGCCAGUCUACCAUGGGUGGACUAUGGAUGUGAUCUCGAAGCGCUACGGCAACAUCGAGUUCCGCGCAGAGGCCGUCGACUGGCCCUUUUCGACCUACCAUGAUUACAUGGAGAACAACGACGAUGAGAGCCCUCUGUAUCUCUUCGACAAAAAGUUUGCGGAAAAGAUGGAGAUUAAGGUCGGGGCCGAAGAAGGGGCGGCGUAUUGGAAGCCAGAAUGCUUCGGGCCUGAUCUGUUUGAACUCCUGGGCGAGGAACGGCCAGCCCAUCGUUGGCUCAUCAUCGGCCCGGAGAGGAGCGGGUCGACUUUCCACAAGGAUCCUAAUGGCACAAGUGCGUGGAACGCUGUGAUUCGGGGAGCAAAGUACUGGAUCAUGUUCCCGCCUACGGCUUCAGUGCCAGGGGUCUAUGUGUCGCAAGAUAGCAGCGAGGUAACGAGCCCCCUGAGCAUCGCGGAGUGGCUUCUCGAGUUCCAUGCAGAAGCGCGCCAGUUGCCCGAGUGCAUCGAGGGCAUCUGCAACGAGGGUGAAAUUCUGCAUGUGCCCAGUGGAUGGUGGCAUCUGGUUGUCAACCUGGAGAGCGGCAUCGCUCUGACGCAGAACUUCGUCCCUAAAAGUCAGCUCUCCGAGGUUGUGUCCUUUCUCAGAGAUAAGGCAGACCAGGUUACGGGUUUCAAGCAAGACGUGACGGACCCGCAUGGACUAUUUGUUGAGCGACUGCGGCAGGAUCAGCCGGAUCUCCUAGAAGAAACGCUCCAGGUUCUGGAAAAGAGGAACACCCAGAAAAAGAGAAAAUGGGAGGAUGCAGUGGGCGGCGGUGAUACCAAGACAAAUGAGGGUGGCUUUAGCUUUGGGUUUGGUGGUGAUCUGGAGGAUGAGGAGGUGCCUUAAGCCAUUGCAGGACAAGCGCGCUCGUGCUGACGACUCAUGAUAUACCUACUUGGAAAACGGACUGGAUGGCACUGGCCUUUUGAAUCCAGCACAACCUCCCAUAGGCGCAAUGCCAAACACAUUAUUCGAGUGGAUGGAACAAUGCAUUUCUUGAAUGUCACACAAACGGGUUGUUGGGUUGUCUCUACAAUAUUGAUGCUAAAAUUGAAAGAGGGACAACAAGUCGUCAAGUCAUUCAGACACAACGUAUAUAAAGUACCACCUAAGUUCUUGCACGUGGAACUGGACUGGCGUUUUUAUUAAGAUGUGUUCAUAAUUAGACGAGAAUAAUGAAGCGUUUACAAUGACUGUAGUAGGGAGAGACAUUAAGG